GUUACUUAAAGUGGAGGGUGGAGGUGGUGGAGGUUCACUCUGCUCUCUGAGAACAUGCUGGGCCUGCUCCUCGCCGCGCUGCGCCUCCUGGCCGUCACCCAUGUCGACUCCAGUCCGCUACCCGACGAUCACAGAGCGCCUCAGGAGGAAUGGUCCGCCCACGAAGUGCAUUCAAUGCAGGCCGACCCUGAGACUCUAGAAGAACUGACGACGACGACGGCCUUGGUGGAGGGAGACAUGGUGCUGCCAAGCGACAGGAACGCGGUGACGAACAUCUGGCCGACCACUCGGGUCCCGUACGCCAUCAGCUCACAGCUGGCUGGUCGGACGGCGGACCUCCUGGCUGCCAUGGCGAUGGUUUCCGAGCACACCUGCCUGUCGUUCCACAAGCGGACCGCCGAGCCCGACUACCUGCACUUCGUCAUCGGCAACGGGUGUGCGUCCUACGUGGGCCGCAUGGGCGGCGGGCAGAGCGUGUUUGUCGGGCCAAAGUGCACCGUGGGUAACGUGGCCCACGAGGUGCUCCACGCGCUGGGCUUCUACCACGAGCACACGAGGAUGGACCGCGAGGAGCACGUCACCGUGCUGACCGACAACAUCAUGGAGGGGAAGGAGAUAAACUUCCAGAAGCACUGGGGGAACACGUUGGGCCUGAGCUACGACGUGCUCUCCAUCCUGCACUAUGGAAGUGACUUCUUCUCAGCCAACGGCCUCCCGACCAUCGUGCCCCUCAACUCUGUGGCCGAUAUGGGGCAGAGGGAGAAGAUGACCCCGCUGGACGUCCGCAGGGUCGUCCUCCUCUACGCCUGUGAGCUCACUAAGAACCAGGAUGAGGAAGAGGACGAGGACCAGGCCGGCGACUCUUACGGGCCCAUCCAGAACAGUACCAACCAGACCAGUUCUGACCGAGAGGAAGGUCACAGCUCCUCUUCCUCUCUGUCGGUGAGGCUGGACGCUGCCACUGGAGGGCAGAACCACACCGGCUCCGAGAAGAACCCUUAAAGGCUCCGUGCAUCAGUAUACGAAACAUUUUAAUGUCCACUGCUUCUAUUAAAAAGUGGAAACUGA